ACACCUGAUGGUCUGAUAAUUGACAUAUCUGCUUUGCAAAGAUGAUUGUUGCUUUAGUAGUUGUGACAUCUCUCUUAAUUAACACUGGCACUGCUCAGCCAGAGGAGCCAAGAUGCAGGGAAACCCCAGUAACCUGGUCUGGAGUUCUUUUUACAAUUAGAGUUGGUGUUACUGAAUCUAAAUUCAUAAUAUCCUCAGCUAGCUAUGAUAGGUCUCAGCAGAAGGUAAAAAUCAGUGAUAUGAGAUCUUAUGCAAGUAGAAAUGCUAAACCUUUAACAACAGUAUUGGAAGACUACGAGAAGAGGAUCCGGUAUGUAUUCUCUCCUUUGAAUUUCACCUGCAGGAAUGAAACACUGGAAGGAGAGUUUCCAUUAUUUGGUGUCCCAACAGGAGCUCACUUUGAUGGACCAGUGGAAACACUUGGUGCAAAGUUACCUGGACUGGGAGUAACAGUGGCUCAUUACACUUUUGAAGAGCAUGGCUUUUCCUACUACACCUAUCAUCCGCUAGGGGAGGAGGGUACCGAAUGUAUUCCAAUCACAACCUCUAUUGCUACACUCAUGCCUCCUGAAGACGUCAUUGUACAGUAUGCUAAUGUCACUACUGAGCUUCCUCCAGAUGCUUUUAACUUACCUCCUGGAUGUUGAUAAAUCUACAAUAAACACCUCAAGAUUGAGCUAUAGCUGCACAUGUUAAACUAUUAGUGCUGUUUAUAAAUUAUAUUGUAUUUCUUGGCUUAAGUUUUAACAUAAUGUAAUGCCAGAGUGGUUUCUAUAGGUUUUGAUAAAAUAA